AUGACCUGUCACAUCAGACUCUUCCUUGCAGGGCUGGUUAAGGCUGUCAACACUGCUGUGGACCUCAUUGUGGCCCACUUUGGCACAAGCCGGGAUCCUGGGGUGAAGGCAAAGCUAGGAAACAGUUCUGUGAGCCCCAACGUGGGCCACCUGGUCCUGAAAUACCUGUGCCCCGCGGUCCGGGCCGUGCUGGAGGACGGGCUCAAGGCCUUCGUGUUGGACGUCAUCAUCGGGCAGCGGAAGAAUAUGCCGUGGAGUGUGGUUGAGGCUUCCACACAGCUGG